UAGGAUCAACAUAGUGGAUGGUUUAUCUUGGGCAAGUCGUUGUGCUUUAAUGUCAUCCAUGAAAUUGGCAAGGACAAGCCAUGAGUUGUGGAGAUUAAAGAUGAUGAUCAGGAAACCUGGCUGGCCCCAUCAGUGGAGCAUAGACUCUUGACCUUGGGGUUUAUGGCUUGAGCCCCAUGUUGGGUGUAGAGAUUACUUAAAAUCUUUUUUUAAAAAUAGAGGUUAAUAUCAGGAACAUGUUGUCAUAUGACAUGUAAUAGCCAUAAUAAGUACUAUCUGCUGUUGUGAAGGAUUAACCAUAUGGAACUUUUUUGUAUUGUCUUGCUUUGUUUUCACAUAAAAUUUACCUGUUACCUUAAUAGUGGUUUGAGCAUUUUCUGUGACGUAUUUUUCAGGUGAACCAGGAAGCUUUAAUCACCUUUUCCAAAGUCCUUAACCUAAUUUCCUUAAUUUAGACUUGGAGCACUCUAAACUUCGGCAGUUUACAUUUAGGAAACCUCACAUUUUUAUUAUUUACCUUGUUUUCAGAAGGCAGUUUUCUGACUUUAUCCAAUUUCAGUCCUAUGGCUGUUGGAUGUUUUGUUCUUAAGUUUUGACUUAAUUUUAAUUGCAAAAUUAAUAUAUACUUGGGAAUAUAAGGUAUCUUUCCUUUAGAGCUCACUGGCUAAGGUAGCUGCCGUUAACAGUAUCUGUCACUGCCCAGAAUUAUUUGAUCAUAAAACCUAUUCUUCCCAAUAAGCUGUUAGUCCUUACCGUGAGUGGUGUUCUGCAGUUUGCUUUUACUAAGAUCUGCUAUUUUAAAUGGCUGACUAGUAUACUCCUGAGUGGAUAUAUAAUAAGCAUACUUGUUCAGUAUCCUCAUUGUUCUAUUUAAUCCCUUGGCUUGUGUAGCAGGAAUAAAAAAUACUAUUUUUAAUGUUCAAUAUCAAACGAUAAGAAAGUUUUUUUUACAUGGUUUGGUACCUACUAAUUACCAAUUUACACAUUAAAUUUUGAACUUUUUGAGGCAAUGACCACAUCUUGAAUAAGAUGGAUCUGUGUAUGUUUAACACCAGGUUUCCAUUUGCCAAAAGGAUGAGUUAAUGGCAAUUGUGUAAUUGAUCUAGGUCCUCAAUAGCUUGUUUAGAUUUGCUUGGCUAGGUUACAGCAACCCUAUAGAUGGGCCCUCAGUAUAGUACUUAAGUGAUUAACCUUUUAUAAUACUUGAAUAGAAAGGAGUCAAAAAUUGAGAGAUCUAAAAAGGUUAACGUGGCAAAUUUCACCUUUGACCCCAUGGAAGAAGUCAGGAACGCUAGUUUCUUGUGUAUCCUUCUGGAGAUGUAAAUCUAAAAGAACUGGUAUUUCCCGGGUAGUCUCAUCAGAGCUCAUUGGAAUUUUGCAAAAGCAGGUGGUACUGAGUAUUACAGCUCAAGCACUAGGAAACUUAGUAAUUAAGUUUUUAUUUACUGUUUACACUCGUUUAUACCCAUUUUCAAUAUCAUUUCUGAGGAAAUCAUGGAAUUAGCAUGAAGAUUUAUUAGCAGAGGCAGGCUUUAAAUCCUGGUUCAGUUCCUAACAGCCCUAAAGUGUUAAAGAAAAACAAAAAAACAAUGUCAGAUAAUUCCUCCUAGUGAAAAGCACUCAGAUUAAGGAAGGCUCAGAGAGUAGAGAAUGAAUAGACUUUUUAAGUAAUAAUUUUGAUAAACAGAAAAAUCUUGUACAAAAAACUGUAUACCCUUUUCCCAUCACUAAUUAUACUUUGUUUCAUUUACAAAAAUUUUUUUCCUGAAUCAUAUGAAAAUAGAGACAUCUUGCUGUUUUUUCCUUAAAAACUAAUUCCUAGGAAUGGGACAUUCUCUGUUAAACUACAGUGCCUACCAAAAAUAACAUCAGUAAAGUACUGUUGUCUAAUCCAUGCUCCAUAGAUCUGUCUCAGUUGACCACUAAUAAUUCUUUGUCUUUUUUUUCUAUUGGUUCAGGAUCAUUUGCCACGUUUUGUUGUCAUGGCUUUUCGGUCUCCUUUAAUCUGGACCACGUCCUCAGCCUUUUUCUUGGCCUUGUCAUUUUUGAAAAGUAGAGGACAGUUAUUUGUAGAAUUGCCCUCAAUUUGGGUUUGUCUGCUGUCUCCUCAUUGCUUUUUUAGCAAGAAUAUCACAAGAAUGAGAUUAUCUUCAGCUCAUCAUGUCCAGUCAUCUUAUAAUAACCUGUAAGGCAGUACUUCCUGUGAAUAGACUGUCUUAUAAAUAAAGUUAAGAAAAGGGGUUUGUGUUUUUAGGAAGAGAAGGAGCUAAUAUUCAAGUUUUAAGAGCUGCUGAAGGGAGAGCUUGGAUAGCAUCAGAGUACACCAUUACCACUGAAAGCUGGAGUGUGGUUCUCCUAGCCCAGGGCCAAAAAGGGAGCAGGAGGCUACUUUAAAUAGAGGAGAGAUUAAUAGAUUCCAUAGAAAAUAAGCCAUGUUCUCUUGUGUAAAACCAUGCCCUCUAGUAUUGUUGUGGGGGUAAAUGCUGUUAUCAAAGCAUUGGCACAGUCACUCCAUGGACUAAAAUACUCUGUAGUCAAACCCUAAUACUUUCUUUCCUAGCCAAUUGAGGAAAAGGUAGGCAAAGCACAGUUGCUGAUUAUGGUGCCCAAGUAUCUGAUUAAGUGACCACUGCUACUUUUUAGCUAUUCAUGAACAGCCUUGAGUAUACUAUUUAAAUAUAUUGCUGUUACUUUGAUUUUAUGAGCUUGCAAGCACCAGUUAGAGAAUAGUAUGGUGAACCAACUCUUGAAUACUUAAUUCAGCUUUAACAAUGUAUGUCUGUCCAUUUCCUCUCCAGAUAAUUUUGAAGGAAAUCCUAGAUACUCCAGCUGAAGACCGUUCACUAUAUACGACUAAAAGACCUAAAUCUCUUUGUUCUCUUGUCCCUUGCGGUAUAUUUUUUGAAGGCCACUAUUGAGUAGUUUUUCAGUCUUGAUUUUGCUGAUUGCAUGCUAAUGAUAUUUAGCAUGUUCUAGACUAGAUCUAAGAACAAUACGAUGGUUCUCAAAGUGUGCCUGGCCCAGUAACAUCAGCAUCAUAUGGGAAUUUGUUAAAAACAGAGUUUCUCAAGCCCCACCCUAGAAUCAGAAACUAAGUGGAGUCCAGCCAUAGGUGUUACAAUAAGCCUUCCAAGUGAUUCUGGUGCUUAUUCAAACUUGAGACCCAUUAUUUUAGAGGUUUUAUCAGAUUCUGUUUUGUUUUCCUUCCCAAAACUACUUGGGUAUCUUUUUGUCAUUGGAAGCCAUUGAUGAUCUUUUCCUGAAUCUAUUAUUAAACCCACAAACCGUGAUUUUACACACUUUUUUUUUUUUUUUUUUUUUUUUUUUUUUUUUUUUUUUUUUUUUUUUUUUUUUUUUUUUUUUUAAUCCAUUGGAGUUCUCCUUAUUGAUGUUGCCUUGUUCUGUCUUUGGUUCAUGAAAGUCAACUCAGGUUGCCUCAUGAGUUCAUUUGAAGCAACCCUAAUAAUCUUUAUCAGUUUCUUUUCUUUCUAAUAUGAUGAGAUUUCCAGGCUCCUCUCUCUAAUCUCAGAUCUGGAGGCAGCCAUUUCUCCAGUGAGCUCUGGUUAUCUUUAUUUGGAAAUGGUAAUUUGUGAGUAUAGUCUGGACUUUUGGGUGUUCAUUGCUACUAGUUGGAUCUUUCUCAGGCCCCACAGAUCAUAGUACUGUCUGCUCUUGGGGAGGUCUUCUGCAGGCUAAACAUCCACUCAGCCCUUUUCAGUUCAUCAGUUUUGAAUUUGGUUUGUCAGUAUCCUUACAGAAUGGGGCCCACUAGUAGCAACAGCACUCUAGGUUUGCUUUAACCUCCUCAGAGCAAAGCAAGUAGUAUAUGGACUCCCUGCCUUAAUAGAUGUUCAGCUGAAUUCUGGGCCAGUUCUGGCAAAGGAGUGAGGAAACUUUAGUAUUCCUGCAGAAUCUCUUCACCUUCAGAGAAGGGUUUGAAGUAAAUAAUGUGUCCUCUUGUUCUGGGUGAUAGGAGUAGAGGGAGAGGGAAAUUCAGAGCCUAAAUUUCAGUGUCAUUGUAGCAUACACAGCAGCAUUAUAAUCGGGAUGCACAAAUAGGAUCUUAAAUUAUAGCUUGUAUCCACCUUUGCUAUAGAUGACAUUCCCUUGCGGACCCAGCAGGAACUCAAGCCUGGAUAGCUGUGGCUGUGAUUAUAGUAAGAUGAUCAGUAUGAUACCUGAGUCAUAAUAGUCUAAACUCACAUUCAGUAAAUACUUCUUAAAGGCCUUGCCAGAUUCUUUUAUAGGUGUGUGUGAGAGUGUGUGUGUGUGUGUGUGUGUGUGUGUGUGUGUGUGUGUGUGUAUACAUAUAUCCCCAUCCUCCCUUAAUGAGCAGAGUACCUCCUGUCCUUUGAUUUUGACCAGUGGAAUUUUGGUAGGCAUGACAUGUUUAGUAGACUAGAUACUGCUCUCCCCUUCCCCAAAGAUGCCUGUCUUCUAACCCUGUAACUUGUGAAUAUGUUACCUAACGUGGUAAAAGGAACUUUGUAGGUGUGACUAAAUUAAGGUCUGGAAAUGGGAAGCUUAUCCUGGAUUAUCCAAGCGGGCUCAGUGUAAUCACAAUAGGCUGGAAGGUAAAAGGACCAGAAAAAGCUGAUGCGAAAACAAGCAAAAUCAGACACCAGAAGAUGCUACGCUGUGGCUUUGAAAACAGAAGGAACCUCAAGACAAGAAAACAGUUCUCUAAAGCCUCUGGAGGGAGCACAGCCCUGCCCACAGCUUAACCUUGUGAAGGUCCUCUCCAGGCUAAACAUCCCCUCAAUCCAUUUGGACUAAUGAAACCCAUUUUGGACUUCAGAGCUCCACAACUGCAAGGUAAUAAAUUUUUGUUUUAAUAAGUCACCAAAUUUAUGGUAAUUAGUUACUGUAGCUACAGGAAACAUACAACAUGACUAAAGGCUUAAAUGCUUACACAAAUGGACUUGGUCUUUUGCAUCUCUACCAUCACUAUGAGAAUAAUAUCCCUCUGUCAGCCUGCUCGUCCUAGGAUAUGAGACAGGUGUCAGGGGUAAGGGAAGGUGCCUGUUAGCCUCAAGCCUACAGCUUGAGACCGCCCAGCCUAAAUCCACCAACCUGUGUAUGAAGAAGAAAAACUUAGGAGGUUAGUAAUUUCAUUUUGCCUAAACAAAUAGACACUUUCCAUUUGGCCCUCCCACACCACCACGCCUCCAUUCUCUGUUCUGAACCCCAGGAAGUUAAUCUCUAUUGGCUCCGUCCACAUACUCUUUUGCCCUCUGAUUUCUGAUUAGGUUCAGCCAUUAGGGAAAAGCAGUAGGAAAGGAGAGUGAAAAGAUUGAGAUUGAAACACCUAUUUCCACAGCCUCCUCUCUGUAGGGUUCAGGCUGGUGGUGGUCCUCAUCUGAAGGGCAUAGUGUGCUACAUAUGGCCCUCUUGUUCCGAGUCCUGGUAACCACAGUCUCCCCUUUCUUUCCUAGCCCCAGUGGUUUUACUCUAAUAAUUGUGAUUUUCCAACAACCUGCCCAUCCCUUUAAAAAUAGACCCUUUGUUAAAUUCUCUUCAGAUUUACUCAGUUGGAGUGUGUGCCAUGUUUCUUAACAGAUAACAAAUAUUUCGUAUUUCAAUAAAGUAUAAAACCUUACACUGACUUGAUGAUGUUGCUAAAUAAAGCAAAGUUGAAAGGUUGACUUUUUUCAUUUCCUGUCCAAAGCCAGGGAGAGGUUCUUGAGUUAAUAAGUACACCAAGGAAUUUUAUUUUUGCCUCUCAGUAGAUAAGCUUUUCUAAGGGAGAUGCCCACCUACUCUGCCACCCCCAUACCUGGCCAACACUGUCCAAGUAGCUGGUUUGUACCAGAAAGCCAAUGUGUGUUCCUUGAGUGGAAGAAGGGAGAUUGGAAGGUAAGUUCCAACCUCAUCCAAACAGCUGAUUGUGGGAUAUGACGUGCUAUGGACUGAAUGUUUAUAUCUCCCCAAAAUUCAUGUAGAAACAUCCCCAAUGUGAUGAUAUUUGGAGGUACGGAUUCUGGGAGGUAAUUAGGUCAUGAAGGUGGCGCCCUCAUGAUUAGAAUUAGCACCCUUAUAAAAGAUCCCUUGCUCCUCCUGCCGUGUGAGGACAGAGCAGGGAGAUGACUGUUGGUGAAGCCAGGAAGCAGGCCUUCACUAGACAUGAAAUCUGCCAGUGCCUUGAUCUUGGAUUUUCUAGCCUCCAGAACUGUGAGAAAUAAGCUUUUUUUGUAAGUCACCUAGUAUAGUCUGUGGUGUUCUGUCAUAACCUAAAUGGAGGUAUCUGAUAAAUGACACCAGAAGAUGCCCUGGAGCAGAUAGAGUCAGAGUAAAGCAAAAUAAUGGCUUGUAUAGACUUCGGUUCUUGGUCCACCUUUCCUAAGUGGUGUUUGUCCCCUUGACAAGGUAAAUUCCUUGGGGAGAAAAUCCUUGGUACUGGGAAAUAAAACCCCUUGAGACCCAGUGAGACCCAAUUUGGGCUUUGAUCAUUUGUGUCGUUUUAAGCCACCAGUUUGUUCCUUGAUAGAAAAUGAAUAUGGCUUGGUCAGCUGAUGCUUUUUUUGUUGGGUUCCUGAGGAUCAUCAUAAGACAAAUUGUUGAGAACAAGGUUCAGAUAUUUACAGAGUGAGGGUAAAGGAAAUGAAAUAGCUGAAGCUCUGGGCUUCACUGAAACAAGUUUUUUUCCUAGCGGUUACAAAUAGAAGCUUCAGUUCCCAAACCCAAAUGUAAACUUUGUCAACGUCUGAAGUUUUGGGUAAUAAAAACCCAUGCUCUGGGGGAAGCAGGACCUGAAGCUAAUCAUAUUUGGAAACUUGUGUCUUGUGUCUCCCCUGCCUUUCCCACUAUGGAGCCCACAAUUACAUUGUCUGGGGAUGUGGUCUUUUCAUGCGUUUUUCAGUACCUGCUCCUGGUAUCACCUGGACUUAAGAUCCCAUCUCCUGCCAUGAAGUGUGUGAUGAAACCCCGGUCCUUAGCAGCUGGUCCCUGUCUAUCCAAUAACAGCCUCCAGGACAAGAAGGACACCAGGCCACCCCUUCCUUAUUGCUCUGUUUCCCUCUUGUUUCUGACUCCUGUUCGUUCCCCUUAUUGCAAAUUCAACCAUGAAUUCACUCUUCUUCCUCCUUUGCUGGUUUUCUUUUUUUCUUGUAAUAUUUUACCUAGGAUUUUGGCAUGUUUAUGCUAGAAAGGGCUUCCUGUUAGUAAAAUCUUCUGUCAGAACCAGAGAUGUUUGCACACUUACAUAAAGGGCACGUUUUGAUGAUUUUCCUAAAACAGUGACUGCACCAAGAGUGAACUAAAUUUUGUAGGAACAGAAAGUUGUUGGCUGCUCACAACAGUUUUCUCUGUGCUUCUGCUAUCAACAUUUCAAUCAAGUUUGGGUCCACUGGGGUGGAAGGUUAACUUGGAGAAGACCUUUAGGCUAUUGACAUAUAGAAGGGGGGCGUCACUUGAGGGAAAGAUUGGACUAGCUCACUUGCUUUUGAGGGCAUUCUGGCGCAGCACAAUAAACGCUGGCUCUGUGAGAGAACCUUCCCCAAAUCACAUCAACUUGGGAGGAGCUCUGCAUCCCCGAAGGUGUUCAAGCAAGCAAGACCACCAAAAGUAUCUGGACCAACCAAAUACUGGUAAUGGGCAGAAUAAUGUCUUAGCAACUCCUGUUCGUUCCUGCAUCCUGCUGGCUCAGAUUCCACUUGUCUGUCUGAAUCACUGUCUGAAAGAUGCAUUUGUAAUUGAGAAGCCAUGUGUUUGUGUAGUUCCAUCACUUUCUUGUAAUCUGAAUACCUAAAAUAAACCUUUUGGAAAAUCUAGAACAAGCAGUCUGGGUAGAGAUGAGAGAAAAAAAGCGGAUGGUUGUGUGUGUAUUGGUGUGUAUAAAGAGACUUACAUUGUUAUGGCAACCAGCAUCCUCAACUGAUGCAGUUCUGUUCCCAAUAAUAUGAGAUGUGAUUAAAAAUUGACAUUGCAGCAAGGAAGAACACAUGUAAUGCGUUGGCGUGGCAACCAGAAUAAAGUCUGGUUUAUUUAAACCAGGUUUAAAUCUGAUGAUCACAACUUGGGGAAUUUGCCUACAAUUAAUUAGGAAUCUUUUUCUCAUUGGGACCAAGUCAGGAGGCUGGAGCUCUGACUGUGGUCAUGAUCUUAGCAGGCCAAAUGGACAGCAGUGUCCUUUUUCUGUAAAAUGAGGGAUUAGGUUAAAUCCUUUGGUGUGGGAGAGGAGCCCCCAGCUCUAGGCUGGACCAAGAGUUGCCCUGUUUUCAUCUGCAUGCAGUAUGUUAUUACAUCCACUUUCCAGUUAGAUCAAGGGAACUGAAGCACAGGGGAAGCAGUGACUUGCUCAAGGUAACACCAAAACAGGAACUAUAUGCCAUGAAGUAGGUUAGUCUUUACAAAUGGAGAAAUUAGUGCCAGGAUUAAAUGAUGUCCUCCAGGUCACACUAGCAGCCGUGGCAACAGGGUCAUCCAAACGCAGGUUUGGUCAGUGCCGCCCUUUACGCCAGGCAGGGUCAGAAUCGGAACCCACGCCCCCCCUGGGCCUUUUCCUCUGGUCGCACGCCCCUUCACCCGUUGUGAGGCCGUUGUCUGACGCUCCUUGGCUCCCCUUCUCCAGGCUGGGGGUGGGGCGGCGCGGUAGGAGGGCGUUGGGCACCGCAGCGCCCUAGCCGGGACGCGUGCGGGAGUGCAACCCCGUCUUUUGUCACUGGCCACUCCGCUAGGGCCCAGCAGGGUCGCUCUCCGGCUCGGCGGGUCCCGCGCCCCUUGCACGCAGUUGGCCGAGAUGCGGAGGGUGGGGGGCAGGAUGAAUCUCCACCGAGAAGGCGAGGGGAGAGGCCACUAGGCCCACGCGGCCGGGCCCGCGCCCCCUGCUCCCACUCGGCGCUCGCCCCGCGUCCUGCAGGGAGGCGGGCCCGCCCCUUCUGCGCGCAGGCGCGCGCCGCGCGGGGCUCGGACGGCGGCUCGGCACCGGGCGGCCACGGGCGGGCCUCGCAGCUUGUAGGCCUACCAGGAUGGAGGGGAAUGCCGAAAUGGAGAUGCUGAGGACACUGAAGGGGCCCUCCACAGGAGAGGUCAACGUGCACCUGGUGGCCAGAGACAGCUCAGGUUCUGGCUCUCACCUGCCCACUACUGCCUUCAUCAUCCCAGCCAGCUCGGCCACCCUUGGCCUGCCCAGCAGUGCCCUAGACGUGUCCUGUUUUCCGCGGGAACCGAUCCAUGUGGGCGCUCCGGAGCGAGUGGCGGGCAGUGUACCUGUCACGGCCACCGUUCUGCCGCAGUUAAGCGCCGGGCCUGUGGCCAGCUCCAGCGCCACCACAGUGCGGCUCCUGGAGUGGACGGAGGCCGCGGCCCCGCCUCCUGGGAGCGGCCUGCGGUUCCGGAUAAGCGAGUACGCACCGCUGAACAUGGUAGGAGCAGAGCAGCCCCCGAGCCCAGAGCUGCGGCCAGAAGGUGUGGCCGAGUAUGAAGAUGGCGAGGCCCCGGCGGGAGGUGGCGAUGCGGGCACCCAACAGCCCGCGGACCUCCCCCAGGACCCUCCAGAAGAUCCCCCGCAGGACCCCCCAGAAGAUGAUGGGAACUGUCAGUGCCAGGAGUGUGGACCUCAGCAAAGCGCAGGUCCGGAUCCUGGUUCUUCCAAUGAUGACUGCCCACCGCUGUUCCAAGAGCGGUCAGUCAUAGUGGAGAACUCCGGCCAGAGCUCCAGCACCAGCGCUUCUGAACUCCUCAAACCCAUGAAGAAGAGGAAGCGCAGGGAAUACCACAGCCCAUCAGAGGAGGAGUCGGAGCCAGAGGCCUUGGAGAAGCAAGAAGAAGGAAAGGAUCCAGAGGGACAGCCUGCUGCUAGCACCCCGGAAAGUGAGGAGUGGAACAGCAGCCAGCCUGCAUCAGGGGAGAAGAAGGAAGGCUGGUCGUGGGAGCCCUACCUGGAGGAGCAGAAGGCUGUCACCGCCCCUGUCAGCCUCUUCCAGGACUACCAGGCGGUCACUCAUAAUAAGAAUGGCUUCAGACUGGGCAUGAAGUUGGAAGGCAUCGACCCUCAACACCCGUCCAUGUACUUCAUCCUCACAGUGGCUGAGGUGUGUGGCUACCGCCUACGUCUACACUUCGAUGGGUAUUCCGAGUGCCAUGACUUCUGGAUCAAUGCCAACUCCCCUGACAUUCACCCCGCUGGCUGGUUUGAGAAGACUGGGCACAAACUGCAGCCCCCCAAAGGUUACAAGGAGGAGGAGUUCAGCUGGAGCCAGUACCUGCGCAGCACAAGAGCUCAGGCCGCCCCCAAGCACCUGUUUGUGAACCAGAGCCACGUGAGUGGCCCCGAGCAAAGUCCCCCACCCCUGGGCUUCCAGGUGGGCAUGAAGCUGGAAGCUGUUGACCGCAUGAACCCGUCCCUUGUCUGUGUGGCCAGUGUGACCGACGUGGUGGACAGCCGCUUCUUGGUGCACUUUGACAACUGGGAUGAUACUUACGACUACUGGUGUGAUCCCAGCAGCCCCUACAUCCACCCGGUGGGCUGGUGCCAGAAGCAAGGAAAGCCCCUCACCCCUCCACAAGACUACCCAGACCCUGACAGCUUUUGUUGGGAGAAAUAUCUGGAAGAAACCGGGGCCUCUGCUGUGCCUACCUGGGCCUUCAAGGUGCGACCCCCACACAGCUUCCUGGUCAACAUGAAGCUGGAGGCCGUGGACCGCAGGAACCCAGCCCUGAUUCGUGUGGCCAGCGUGGAGGAUGUGGAGGACCAUCGGAUAAAGCUCCACUUUGAUGGCUGGAGUCACGCCUAUGACUUCUGGAUUGACGCCGACCAUCCCGACAUCCACCCUGCAGGCUGGUGCUCCAAGACAGGGCAUCCUCUGCAGCCUCCUCUCCGACCCAGAGAGCCCAGCUCUGCCUCCCCUGGGGGCUGUCCCCCUCUCAGCUAUCGGAGCCUGCCACACACCAGGACCUCCAAGUACAACUUUCACCACCGGAAGUGCCCCACUCCUGGUUGUGAUGGUUCUGGUCACGUCACAGGCAAGUUCACAGCUCACCAUUGCCUCUCAGGCUGCCCACUGGCUGAGAGGAACCAGAAUCGGCUGAAGGCGGAGCUGUCCGACACGGAGGCCUCGGCCCGUAAGAGGAACCUCUCAGGCUUCUCCCUAAGGAAGAAGCCUCGCCAUCAUGGCCGGAUUGGACGCCCUCCAAAGUAUCGGAAGAUCCCGCAAGAAGAUUUCCCAACACUAGCUCCCGACGCCAUGCACCAGUCCCUCUUCACGUCAGCCCUGUCGGCCCGCCCUGACCGCUCGCUGUCGGUGUGCUGGGAGCAGCACUGCAAGCUCCUGCCGGGAGUGGCAGGCAUCUCGGCCUCAGCAGUUGCCAAGUGGACCAUUGACGAGGUCUUCAGCUUCGUUCAGACCCUGACUGGCUGUGAGGACCAGGCACGACUCUUCAAAGAUGAGGCGGACAUUGUGAAGAUCAUGAGCGUCAAGCUGGGCCCAGCCUUGAAGAUCUAUAACGCCAUUCUCAUGUUCAAAAACGCCGAUGACACCUUAAAGUGAGUGGCUCAGGGCUGGGCUCUCCUCCAGCCUGAGCUGGGCCUCCCUCUGCAGCUGAUGCUUCCUUCCUGACUUGAGUUCCUCAUAUCCACCCCCACCCCUACUCCCAACACCCUCUACAUCUUACCAGGGGUCCUCCUUCUCUCCGGGGCUGCUUCCUACAAGGUACGUGGGAGCAGAGGAGCCCUGGGGAAUUUGGAGUCCUGGCUCCCGCGUCCUGGGGCUCAUCUGCCACCAGGCACACCAGUGAAAGUGUGACCGGGCUGGAGGAGCAUUACCAGUGGAGCAGAUUGGAGGUGCCCUGCCUAUGGCAGCCCCACACCUCCAGCUGACUUGUUUUAUCACCAAAGGGUCUUUUUCUUAGCCGUUAAGGACAAUCUGGUAGAAUGGGAGGCCUCCCGUCAGAGGCUCAUUUCUCUUUGGCAUCUCUCCAUGCUUUUCUUUCCUUGGCUCCUACCUGGAAGUGACCCUGCCACACACAUCUUUACUCACUCUGCUGUCUGGUUUUCCGGGGCAGGGCCCAUGCCAUCACCCACCCAGACCACUGGCUCUUCCCUCUUGGAUGGGUGAGCCUCAGAAGCAUGUUUUCAUAGGCCCACUGGGAGUUUCUGGCUGCCUUUCUCCCUUUUACCCACAAGUGGGGGAUUCCAAGCCAAGAUGCCUUUGUAAGCAUGCCCAGUUCUGGAUCGGCUAGUAUUUUAGUGGCCCAUGCCAAGUCCUGUUUCUAGCAGAAUAGGUGAUUAGAGCCUGUUUUACCUCUGCAGAAAAGGUCAAGGCUCCACGGAUGUUCCCCAUAUACCCUUCCUCUAUCAGGUGUGGGGAAGAGGCAGCUCAAGGGUAUGUCAGACAAUCUCGGGUCUUUGGCCAGAGGAAAGCUCCAGCAGGCAUGAUGGUCCCCAAAGCUGGGCAUAGCGUCCUUCCCUGCAGCCAUACAUCUCAGCCAAGACAUUGCCCAUGGGGUGAGGGCCCCACGCCUGCCAGGCCUCAGGCUGUGGGAAUAUGCCACUAUGUCUAGCACACAUACCUCAUGACAUCACAUUCGACCUGUCCCUGAAAUGUCUUGCUUUUGCGGAGUCUUACAAAGCCCACUUGCACUUGGGCCUUGGGAAGGCGAAUUCCUCUAGCUUUGAAUUCUCUGUGGCCCCUACCUUUCGUACCACCCUCCGUCUGUCCUGCACUGCCAGCCAGGUGCCUGCUGGGGCUCUGGGACUUAGACCUUUCUGUCCAAGUGGGGGCCUAGCCUCCACCGAGCCACUGCCAGGCCAGCCGGGGUGGGGCAGAGGCAGAGGGCCUGGCGGGAGCUGGCCCUACACAGAGGUGAGGAGCAACCAAACCACGCUUCUGUGGCCCCAGGUGCUGAGAUGGGCCCGUGGGGUGCAGAGCCAGGCCGCUUCCCUCAGUCACAUGGUGUGUGUGCACCUAGGGCACCCUUGGGAGUGUUUGACAGGUGCAGCUAUGAGGCUCGAUGCUGGGAAAACGUCAAGGGCUAUUAUUGUUAAAAUAUGAAGCUUUAUCUUCCCCACAGAAGUGGGACACUCAAAGCUCUGUUGAUUUCCUGCCACAGUCCAGUAGGAGACCCUCUCUUACGUGGGGUCACACAGCUUUGCCAGCACAGCCAUUCAGCCACCCAGCUGAACUCCCACCUGGCUUCGGACGUUCCUUCCC